AUGAAGGGGUCCUGUCUGUUCCUCUGCCUCCUCUCCACGACUUGCUGCUUGACUUUGAUGCCAACAGCUGGGAACAAAAUCUUCCACUUUGGGCCCUGCAGAGUGCCCAUGAGCAUGGCUGAGAUCAGGUCUGGCUUCAACGCGAUUAAAGCCAGCGUCCAAGCCAGAGACCCCAUCAGGACCUUCAGCAUCCUGUCUUACCCCCAUUCUCUCCACAAGGUUAAGUCUUCAGAGAGAUGCUGCAUCACUCACCAGCUCUUCACCUUCUACGUGGACAAAGUUUUCAAGCACUGCAGGACAGAGGACUCCUACAUCAACAGGAAGAUCAGCAGCAUAGCCAACUCCUUCCUCAGUGUCAGGAGGAACCUCCAGCACUGUCACGAGCAGAACAAGUGUGUGUGUGGCCAGGAAUCCACAGAGAAAUUGAAGCAGAUCCUUGUGAACUAUGAGGGGCUGAAUGUCACAUCAGCAGCCAUCAAAUCCCUGGGUGAGUUGGACAUCCUGCUGGACUGGGUGGAGAAGGAGAGCAGCUAA